AUGGUGACAGUGGAGUCUUUUUUCCCGGUAGUGAAUGUCCCCACAGAAAACCCUGCAAUAAAGAAUGGGAAACGUUCUGGCAUCCAUAACUGUGAUGGAAAGGAUCCUCCAUUUUGUUAUUCUACUUACCCACAAUCCUGCAUCUCGAAUGACACCAGACCUCUGUGUCCAUUUGUUUGUAGUAUGUGUAAAUAUACCGGUACUCCAGUUACUUGGACAACUCCUUUUACAACUCCAUCCUCAACACGGACAUCACUUUUAGCUUCUGAAAAGCAAAAUACGCGUACGCACUCAACAAUACCACCGUCUAUUUCUACAGCACAAACAGCCUGCAACGACAGCCCCAGUGCCAAUUGUUCUCUCUACAACGCCACGGUUAUAUGUGAUCUACACGGUGCUUAUUACCUCUGGGCAAGGAAACACUGUCCUCUGUUCUGUGGAUUUUGUCACGUAGCUUUAUGCAAAGAUGAACCAAGUGCUAACUGUGCUCUUUACAAUUCAACUGCAAUUUGUGAUGUGAAUGGUCCUUACUACACUUGGGCCAGAAGGAAUUGUGAGAAGAGCUGCGGAUUCUGUCAAGACCAAAAUAGGCACUCUACAAUUUCACUGUCUAUUCCUACAGCACAAACAGAUUGCAGAGAUACACUAAAUUGUAAAGUAUAUAAUUCGGCAAAGAUAUGCAGCAGGGAUGGAAUUUACUAUCCUUGGGCUCAGAGUAAUUGCCCGUUGUAUUGUGGAUUCUGUCAAGCACCGACAGUUACAGUUGCAUGUCAAGACAAACUUCCUAACUGUGACGAAUAUCAAAGCGAUUUAUGCAUAAAUCCUCUGUAUCGCCUAUGGCGCGAAGAUAACUGCAGAAAAUUCUGCGGUAUUUGCAAAGGAACUGAUUACAUGUAUGUGGUAAAAACUUCCUCAGUGCUUGGUUGAUGUCUUUGAAAAAAAUUUGUCAAAAAGCUAAAUUAAA